CAUGUCCAAAAGGUCCAAGUACUUUGGAACCCCUGAAAAUGGAGGCACUCUGCACAAAAUGGCGAAAAUUCCUAAAUGGUAAUUGCUAUUUGUGAAACCCAUUGAAUUAAAGAUGAAAGUAUACACUUUAAUCAUAUUACACAUUUUAUCUCAAAUCCAUUGUGGCGGUGUGGUGCUGAUGUACGUGGCGCAGUUGCAUGCUGUUAUUUUUCAGUUUUGCACAGUAUCAAUGGUUUUUAUAUUUGUGACUUUAUAGCGGUGGUACUAACUCAUUCCUUGCUGUGGACGUUUAUAUUUGUCAACCGGAAUCCAACCGUUUGAAGCCACCAAAGAAAAUAUUCGGCAUGUGUGUGUUUUUCAGCGAGCACAGGUUUUGUGUUGAAGAUAAAGAUUAGGGGGUGAAUCUCGGCUUGUCAGGUCGAUUAUGAGGGAGAGAUGCCAAUACAGUUUCGGUUUGGACAAGUUAAGGCACUUGACUUAUAGAUAAGAAAGUAUGUGUCAUGGUAGUUCGUAGAAAGUGUGUGUCACGAUUGUAAGAAAAGAUGAUGCAGUUCAGGAAGUGAAUAGCGUACACCAUGUAAAGAAGCCAGAUGUUCAACUCGAGCCAAGCAUAGUCAGCGCUGCUCACAGUUGAAUUUCUGUAAAUAAAUUAUUUUGCCAUCAAAAGCCCUUUUUCAGUCUUAUUUUAUUGUCCGAGGUGUCACAAAAUCAAAAACUACUCAUCAAAGUCACUGUUCUGCUUGACAUAAAUAUUUUGACAAAAAGCUUGUUUACUCCAUUUUUGGGUCAGAAAACAGUGUUUAUUGUAACAGAACACAAUAUUUUUGAUAGAUCAGCCAAAAUGCUGUAAAACGCCUGGCAAGAUGGGGAACUCUGCUUUGAAAAUGGCUGGCAGUGAAUGAGUUAAGAGCUUUAAUCUCCACAAUGUCAACCAGUGAGAGCGCUGAUCUGAGCAGCUGGACGGAGGCCACGCCCACAAACAUGACCUGUGUGGAGAAGGAUUUGUCGGUGACCGCUUCGGUUGUCUCCAUGACCGUCGGUAUCCUGUCCAACAGCCUGGCCUUCUUCAUCCUGCUCAAAUCCUCCAAACGCAUGCCACCGAAAUCCAAGGCGCCCUUCUCCGUGUUCGCCACCAGCCUGGUGGUCACGGACCUGCUGGGCCACCUGGUCAAUGGCUCCGUGGUGCUUUACGUCUACAGCUUGCGCAAGCAUUGGGAAACGUUCGACCCCCACGGGAGAGUGUGCAACCUCUUUGGCGCGACCUUGGUCUUCUUCGGUCUGAGCCCCCUGUUCCUGGGGAGCACCAUGGCGAUAGAGCGCUGCAUCGGGGUCACCAAGCCCUUUUACCACUCCACUGGGUUAGCCUUCCGCCACACGAAUAAGCUGCUGUCUGUCAUCUGGCUCCUGGCCGCCCUGGUGGCUGCGCUGCCGGUGGUGCUUAGGAGGUCCUACAGGUUGCAGAGCUCCAGGAGCUGGUGCUUUUACAAUUUGGACGAGCCCGAUGACAGGCUGGAUGUGUUCCUGCCUCUGCUCUUCGCCUUGUUGGGCUUGCUGGCCCUGCUCUUCUCUAUCAUUUGCAAUACCGUGACCAGCUGCUUUCUGCUGUUGUCCACUAUUCACCGCAAGCAUCACAGCAGAGGAACAUCUUACCACAUUGAGAUGAUCUGUCAGUUGAUGGCCAUCAUGCUGGUUUCCUGUGUUUGCUGGGGGCCUUUACUGACCCGCGUCAUCCUUCUCACCUCCAAAGACGAUGAUGACCCAGCAUCUGACAAACUUCUGUUUCUGGUGCGCAUAGCCACGUGGAACCAGAUCCUGGACCCUUGGGUCUACAUCCUGCUGAGGAAGGCCGUUCUGAAGAAACUCUAUCACAUGUUGCAACGAUGCUUCAGGUCCAAGUCCAGGGAGCCUGUGCGCUGGAAGCGCAGCUUCCUGCGAAGCUCUGGAUCCAGCCACUCCAAGUUCGGCCCACCAGCGUGCCUCUUUGACGGCUUAGUAGUGCAAAACACUCGCAUCAGUUUGUCUGACGACUCUAAGACCGAAUUGUUUCACGUGGUGCUAUCUGUGUGGAAGAAAGGCUGAAAAAAGUGGGGAGAGGCAAUGAAGGUUGACGGGGGAUUAUUGUCAAGGUGAAAACAGCAUUCAACAGAAUUUGUCCGUUAGUAUGUGAUUUAAAUGGAGUAACUUGUGCUAAUUCAUGUUUGUUACAGUUGUGUGACGUGUGUAGUUUCUCGUUUUCACUAUUAAAUGUGUGGUUGUCCUUUUGAAUGCAAAUUAGAGACAAGCAGGACCUGUCUGUGGAUUAGUAGGUUCAUAUUACACUACUGUAAUACAUCAUAUAUAUUAUUAUAUAUAUAGUAUGUCAUCCGUUGUCUUAAUGUGCUUAAGCGGCUAUCGUCAUCACUAUUGAGUCACCUGUACAAGAUCAAAUGUGUUGCUAUACAGUGGAUUGUAGUCAAUAAAAAAAUAAAUAUUAAAAUAUGUGAUGGUCGAGUCGACACUCAUAACAAUUACAGCUGAUAUGUCAUUAAAGUGUGGAUGGCAAAAACACCUAACACUUUUUUACUGUUAAAUGACUAAUACAAUAAUUGCAUCUAUAAAAUGGCAAAACAUUAGUGAGGGCGAACAGUUUAUGUUGACAUAUUUAAACUUAUUGAGCACAAACAACUUUAGCUGAAACAAAGUGCUGUACAUAAAUAAAAAAAUUUAUAUUUAGAUUUUUUAAUGUGAAUGCUGUCACUUGGAUCAAUAAAGGUUGGGAAAACACUGUCCUAAAGUAAUUCAUUUAUUUCACUUGUUCAAUUCAAAUUCAAGUCAUACAAUAUAUUCUACAGAUUCCUUGAACACAUGGGUGGAUACUUUUCAGAAGGCCAAUUUGUAUGUAAUUUAAAUGUUUAAAUAAUAAUUGUUUCUUACGUAAUAUUCUAAUUUCUUCAGCUGGUGAAUUUGGGAGGGGUUUGGUUAGCUGGAGAUCAGUGAUUCUCAGUGAGUGGUACGUGGGCUCCCUCUAGUGGUACACAAAAUAACCAUUGAAUUAAAUGCUCAAAGUGCAUAAUUACAGUCACUUCA